CAAACUCAUAGAAACAGAGAUCAGAUUUGUGGUUGCCAGAUAUGGGUGGUAGACGGUGAAAAGGUAUAAACUUCCAGUUAGGAGAUAAGUAAGUUCUAGGGGUGUAACUACAUCACGAUGACUAUAGUUAACAAAUUGUAUUGUAUAUUUGAAAGCUGCUGAAAGAAUUGAUGUUAAAAGUUCUCAUCACAAGGAAGAAAACUUGUAGUUAUAUGAGAUGAUGGAUGUUAACUAUGGUAAUCAUUUAGCGAUAUAUGCAUAUGUGGAAUCAUUAUGUUCUACACUUUAAACUUAUACAGCGUCAUAUGUCAACUAUAGCUCAAUAAAACUGGAAAAAAUUAAACCUAACUGUAAGUUGUUUAAAAACAGUGUUGCAGGAGGACUGAAAAUUAACAGAGGGAAACAGAAAGGAAGAGGAGCUUAGAGAGUGUUAAUGAGAUGAAGUAGAAUUCAACAUAGAAAGCAAUAAGUGGGACAAAGGUUAAUUUUCGUUUCAUACUAUAUAGUUCAAAAUGAAGAUGAAAAUUUCCUUUCAGUGAAUAACACAACAUUGAGCUGUGAAAAAAAACACAUUAGAAACAAAGAUAAUCUGACAGAUGUAUAAUAUUUAGUGGGAACCAUGAACAUGGCUUUUUCUGCCAGGCAGAUCAAGUCCAUGAAAGAUAACUGAGGUGUUUGGGAAAAACCCAAAGCCAGGCACUUUUGGGUUGAAUGGCAUAAUUGUAAUGUCCACUCUCUCUCAACUGUUGCAAAUGUAUAAGAAACAAAACUAAAAAAGUUAUUUUCUUAAAAAUCAGCUGACAAAUGAUCAAGCCAGCUUUUGGACCAAGCCUGUUGCUCCUUUCUUUUUUUGUAAAAAUGAUAGGGAUUUUUUUACAACUGUGGAAGUGCAGAUGCCUUUUAGAAUUGAUGACUUCACAGUAAGAUGAUGUCAACCACAUUUGGGAAGGGAGGGCUGUGGGAGGAGGGAAGGGAGACUGUCCUCUUGGGCCAUCUUUAAGAAUUAUGCCAGCUCUGGAAAACUUAGACUAGCUCCUUGCUACGACCCCCACCCCCACCGUGAGCACACUGACUGAGUGCAGGCUGAGCAUGACUGGAGGUCUUGCUGUCUUAGACUCCCCUCCAGCCAUUCCUAACGCUUUGUCGUCUCUCCCUUUCUCCCUUUUCUUGGGGCCUUGAAAGGUCCUUUGGGGUGGGGAGCAAAAAGAUAACAGAACAGAUGACUCCCAACCCAGGCGCUUUGUAGAACCAGAAUAGCAUUCCAGUGAUGGGAGAGACUUUAAUUUCCUAACACCUAACAUCCCCUCGGUGCCUGCAAGAGCCAGGCUGCUCCUGACAUGAGCUAGCCAUAUUUGUGACUGACCAGUAUUAAACCUUCCUGCAUUGCUGGGAUGAGCCUUACAGCCUAACUUGGCCAAGGCUUAAUUUUUUUCAUUUGUCCUGGAUUUUACUUAGUAGCAUUUUAUUGGGGAUUUCAGCUUCUAUUUGAUAAGCGAAAUUAGUCUGUAGUUCUCUGUGUUAUCUUUGACAGGUUUUAGUAGUAGGAUUUAACUGCCUUAUAAAAAUGCAUUGGGAAUCUUUUCAUCUUUUUACGUUGUGGAGUAAUUUCUUUUUUAUUGAGGUCUAAUUGACAGAUAACCUUAUAUUAAUCUCAGGUAUACAACAUACUGACUCGAUAUUUGUAUAUAUUUUGAAAUGGUCACCACAAUAACUCUAGUUAACAUCUAUCACCAUACAUAGUUACAAAAAGUUUUUCUUCUGCUGAGAACUUUUAGGAUCUACUCUCGUAGCAACUUGCAAAUAUGCAAUACAGUAUUAUUAACUUGAGUCACCAUGCUGUAUAUUACAGCCCAACUACUUAUUUAUGAGGAAUUUCUUUAAAAAUGCUUCCCACUAGCUGGGGGGCCGGGGCGGGGCGGGAGUGGGGCUCAGAGACAGGUUACAGGUGAAGAUACUGACCCUCCUCCGCCUCAAGGGGCCUAGGUGGCUGCAGCCCCAGGGUAGUGAGCAUUACUCCAUACCAUAACAGCAGUCUUGACCCUUCGUCCUAGUGUGAUGUAUAAAUAUUUUCAUUUUCUGUGAACUGUGUUGUGAAAAAGUUAGGGAAACACCACAUUGUAGCACAGGUUCUACUCAAAAGAAAAAAAUGCUGACCCCACACUAAGAAUUGGGAGAAGGGUGUAUUCUGCCUCUUCUCUGCGGCUUGGGAACUCUCGGGGACCUCCCAUUUAACUGAGAUGUGGUUGUUUCCCACCUCUUUUUGACAAGGUCUGGAGCUUUCAGGUGAGUUGGCCCUGCCAGGUGCCUCCACUGGGCUGAGGCCCCGUUAGCCCAACGCAGCAGCAGGUGAACGUCCUGCGCCUUGCAGCUGUGUUCCUGCUCGGGGGUCAGCCCCUCUCCUCUCCAACCGUCCUGCCUGAGCCUUGAAGCACGUGAUGUUUGUUGACCUUCGGAAAUCAAACUUACUUUUCAAACUGGGUGCUUAUGUGAGCAUUCUGUUUCCCAAAUAUAUACCCCAUAAUUGCCAUGCUCUCUCUAAAGCGUCGCAAUCUUUUGCCAUCUUAUUGGUUCCCUUACCAGCAAAUUAACACAUUUUUGACGUGGGCUUAAGAAAUUUUUUUUCACAAUUGAAAUACUGAAGAAUUCAUCUGUAAAACCACCUCGGCCCAGCAUCUUCUUUUGGCUGUGGUUCCCGUGAUUUUCAAGGAAUAUUCUUUUACUUUCGUCUUGUUUCUUGGCUUAUUCAAGUGUUGGGGAGAUUCCUGAGACAGUAAUAAAGUUAACCGGCUCUGAGAGCUUCUUGGGUGUCCUUUGUUUCACAUAGUGUGAGCUCAUCCAAUUCUGACAACCACCCUGCGAGUACCAAUUUUAAGGGGAGAAAACAGAGGCUUCCAAGCGUUCAAAGGUUAGAGAACCCUGCGGUGCCACAACAAAAAUACAUGUCUGGGCCAGCACCUGGCACCCCAGGCCGCCCUUUGCAACCUUUGGUGGGGACAGGAAUGCCCCUGACAGAGACUUGGAGAGUCCUGGCCUUCCAGAGGGAAGGAGAGGCGAGACCGGAAGCCUUUACGGACGAAGGAGGUCGGUGGGUGCUGCCAGGAGGCCACGAGGACGCGGCAUCAGUGGCUAGAGUGAUCGUUCCUCACCCCACCCCACCCCUGGCCGCGAGAUCGAGGCUGACUAAGAGGGAGUCGGAGGGCAGGGGCGCGCAGCCCCGCGGGACCGAGCAGACGGUGGACAGGCGUGUCCCCAGGCCUCAGAGGCCCCAUGACCUCGGCCGGCCGGCUCCGCGCGCCCUCCGUGGCUCCUCCCCCGCGCCCCUGCCCCGCCCGCGGCUCGGGGCGCUGUGCGCAGGGCGCGGCCGUUGUCCGGGCCGUUGGCGCACACGUGGUUUGUGGAAGUCUCGAGGCGGGCGCGGGCGGGGGCAGGCUGCGGGCUGCGGGGCCGAAGCCCCGAGGGCGCCCGCGGCGGCGUCCAGGGCCUGCAGCGCGCCGGCGGCGAGGCGCAGGAAGAUGCUCGAGGUCCUGGUGCUGAAGAUUGAAGAUCCAGGUUGUUUCUGGGUUAUUAUAAAAGGAUGUAGUUCCUUUUUAGAUCAUGAAGCUGACUAUCAAAAACUAAAUAGUGCCAUGAAUGACUUCUAUAACAGAAUGUGUCACGAUAUAGAAAUAAAACCGCUAAUGUUGGAAGAAGGGCAGGUUUGUGUGGUUUAUUGUCAGGAACUAAAGUGCUGGUGCAGGGCUGUGAUUAAGUCCAUCGUGUCUUCAGCAGACCAUUACCUGGCAGAAUGUUUCCUUGUGGAUUUUGCCAAGUACAUUCCAGUGAAAUCCAAAAACAUCCGAGUUGCAGUAGAAACUUUUAUGCAGCUUCCCUACAGAGCGAAAAAGUUCCGACUGUACUGCACAAAGCCUGUCACAUUGCACAUUGACCUCUGUGAAGACACGGCUGAGAUUGUACCCGCCAGGAAGUGGGACAGUGCAGCUGUUCAGUACUUUCAGAACAUUCUAAAAGCAACUACCCAGGUGGAAGCCAAGUUAUGUGCUGUGGAAGAAGAUACUUUCGAGGUUUACCUUUAUGUAACUAUAAAAAACGAAAAGGUUUGUGUGAAUGAUGAUCUGGUUGCAAAGAACUUCGCUUGUUACGUGUCACCCGUGGAGAGUAAAAACCUUGAUUCUUUAGAGAAACCAAGACUGGAUAUAAAGUCAGCAUCCUUUUCUAAUAAACUCAAUCCGGCGCUUACUCUCUGGCCAAUGUUUUUGCAAGGAAAGGAUUCUCAAGGAGUGAAAAAUUCGCGUGGUUUAACUUCCCUGGCACAGUCUCUCCAGCAUCCGUGGCCCAAGGGUGUUGUUGGUGGCCGGGGGCCCACCGCUGCGAUCCUGGAUAAAACAAUAAAAUGUAAUAUGGAUUCAUUGAGAGAUUCACCUAAAAAGAAAUCUGAAAAGAAACAACAGUGCAUCUCUUUAAAAGAUGUAAAUAAGUGUGUUGAAUCUUCAGUGUACUGGCCAACAAAAAGAGGCAUCACCAUAUACGCUGACCCAGAUAUACCAGCAGCAAGAGCUGUAUGUCAGAAGGCAAAUGAGAAAUCACUUAGAUUGGCUGAGAAGAAAGAAUACAAUGAGAAGAAUGGCUGUGUGAAAUUAUUGCAGUUUUUAAAUCCUGAUCCUUUGAGAGCUGAUGGAAUCUCUGAUCUGCAGCAGGUGCAGAGGUCCCCGUGGGGCGCGCGGCCACCGCUGGCCGUGCUCCGGAACAGCAUCGAGCCGUGCCUGUCCCUCGGCUCGUCGCCGCUCUCCGCAGACCUGAAAAGGGCUCUUCAAAGAAAUAAGUUUCCAGGACCUAGCCACACCGAGUCUUACUCUUGGCCUCCCAUAGCACGUGGCUGUGACGUGGUCGUCAUUGCUCACUGCGGAAAUGACCCUCUGCUGUACCUUCCACCCGUGCUUACGAUUUUGCAGACAGCGGGUUGCUACAAGUCGUUACCGAGUAGAAAUGGACCUCUGGCAGUCUUCGUGUGCCCUGGAUGGAAGAAGGCCCAGUUUGUUUUUGAAUUAUUGGGAGACUACGGCACGUCCUCCAGGCCGCUUCAUCCCGUGUUGUUAACCAUCGGACUCCACAAGGACGAAGCCAAAAAUAUGAAGCUUCCACGGGGCUGUGAUGUGAUUGUUACGACACCACACAGCCUCCUGAGACUUCUCAGAUAUCAGAGCUUGUUGUUUCUUAGACUCUGUCACCUGAUCCUGGACGAGGUGGAGGUAUUAUUCUCUGAAGCCAGUGAACAAAUGUUUGCUAUAUUAGAUAACUUUAAAAAAAAUAUUGAAGUUGAAGAAAGGGAAUCGGCACCCCGUCAGAUCGUUGCGGUCGGAGUUCACUGGGACAGACACGUGGAGCAUUUGCUCCGAGAGUUCAUGAGCGAGCCGUCCGUGGUGAUCACGGCCCUGGAGGAGGGCGCUCUCUAUGGCAGUGUCCAGCAGGUGGUGCAUCUUUGCCUAGAAUGUGAAAAAACCUCUACUUUACUCCAGACUCUUGAUUUCAUCCCAAGUCAGGCACAAAAGACGCUGAUCUUCACCUGUUCUGUAGCUGAAACAGAAACAGUGUGCAAGGUAGUAGAAAGCAGUUCCAUAUUUUGCUUGAAAAUGCACAAAGAGAUGGUUUUUGAUUUAAAAAAUGUUUUAGAGCAGUGGAGGAAGAAGUUAAGUUCUGGCUCUCACAUUGCGUUAGCCUUGACUGAUGAUUGCAUCCCGCUCCUGGCCAUCACUGAUGCCACGUGUGUGAUUCACUUCAGCUUUCCUUCCUCUCCAAAAAUUUUUGGUGGACGCCUAUAUUGCAUGUCUGAUCAUUUUCACAGUUCAGCCGAACAGGGUUCUCCUGCAGAACAGGGAGAUAUAAAAACCAAAUCUGUGUUGCUGCUGACGGAGAGAAAUGCAUGCCAUGCAGUUGGUGUCCUGCGCUACUUGGAGCGAGCAGAGGCCAAGAUUCCACUGGAGCUGUACGAGUUCACUGCGGGGGUUCUGGAAGCCAAAGAAGACGAAAAAGCCACCAGGCCUCUUUGUCCAUAUCUUAAGGCUUUUGGUUUUUGCAAAGACAAAAGACUCUGUCCUGAGCGACACCAUAUUAAUCCAGAAACAGACGCGCCAAGGAAACUGUCCAACCAAGCUGUGCCGGGGUUUGGGUGUAUUAAAAUAAUACCCUUGUAUAUUUUGAAUGCAACAAAUUACUUUGGUCGUAUCGUUGAUAAACAUGUGGAUCUUUACGCAACUCUUAAUGCUGAAAUAAAUGAGUAUUUUGAGGAUUCCAGUAAUAAAACGACUGUUGAGAAGGUGGAGAAACUUGGAUUAUAUGGAUUAGCAGAAAAGACACUUUUUCACAGGGUUCAGGUGCUGGAGAAAAGCCAAAAAGAUGACACCUGGGCCCCCAACAACGUCCUCGUGAAGUUUAUUGAUGAGGGCAGGACUGCACUCGUCCCGAGGGAGCAGCUGCUGCGCCUCCCCGAGCGCUUCCACGCGCUGCCGCCCCAGGCGGUGGAGUUUAUUGUUUGUAGAGUGAAGCCCGCUGACAACGAAAUCGAAUGGAAUCCCAAGGUUACUCGGUACAUUCAUCAUAAAAUUAUUGGAAAACUGCAUGAUGCAAAGGUGAUAAUGGCUUUGGGAAAUACAGUUUGGAUUGACCCAAUGGUGCACAUUACAAAGCUUUCCAAUUUGAAAACUUCUGUUGUUGAUUAUAAUGUUCGAGCUGAAAUUUUGUCAAUGGGAAUGGGCGUUGAUAAUUCAGAACAUAUAGAACAACUGAAAAAAUUAUACGAAGGAGCCAAAAUGCCAGCUUGUGAAGAAAGCCUGAGCCAAACCCUGACGUCAGCAGAAGAUGCCGCUCGGCAGCACGCACGGCAAGGGGACAGGGGCUCAGAAAGAGGUGCGGCCUGCGAGGCAAAUUCAGCAGACCAGAAGCAUGACGCUUUACCUGAAGACACUGGAGGUGCUCCCAUUAACAAAACUACAGGGCCUCUGCAGAGCUUCCACCCACAAAUAAAGUGGUUCCAAAAAGACGAUGUGGUCAUAUUAAAGAUACGACUAAGGAAUGUAAAAGAUUGCAAAUGCAAAUAUUUCAGAAAUAGAGUUGUGUUCAGUGCCUGGGUGGGAGAGAAAUUUUACUUGGCUGAUAUGGAGCUGCAGGCCAACAUCAUAAAAGAUGAUUGCAAAUGCAUGAUCCAAAAUGAUGAACCUGUCAUCACUCUUGCAAAGGCGAGACGGGAGUCGUGGUGUCGCUUACUCAAACAGCGGAAUCCGAAUGUGGCUUUUGACUUUGAUCACUGGGAAGAAUGUGAAGAGGAUAGCCACUUCUCCAGGGUUGUAAAUUCCAAAAAUCUCUCUGGCAAAGUGACAGAGUGGGUGGAGAGCAGUGACGAAACUUCCCGAGAUGAGGGAAGUGAGAGUGAAUGAGGACACGAGUCAAAGCCUGAAGGGGCAGGCAGACUGCACCAGAGCAGAUGCAGCUGGGACCCAGAGUUCGGAGACCACACAGUCCCAGUCCAGCUUCCCCACCUCACGGAGAAGUGAGGACUGAGUGUCACCUUGUGCCACUGGGGUUUGUGAUGGUGAGAAGUUCUGAAGUGAUUUAAAAAUGGGCUCGUGGGAAGACUUUCAAAGGAGGUGGAAGCAGGGAAAAGCAGAGACACAGAAAGUACUGGUCCAGCCCAAGCCCAGCUCACACACAGUCUGUCCUGCUCGUUGCCGUUCACACGAAGCCCAUCCUGACACACUCAAGCUGAGGGAUAAAGAGCAGACCGUGGCAUUUGGGUAAUGAAUUGUACUCUCUGGAGUUAGUUGUUCAUUUUUUUCUUAGACCUACGUUCAGUACACUUCUAAAAACUGGUCUUGUACGUAUAAAUUGAGGUUUCUGUCUUACAGGUUUAUACUCAGGACUGCUUAACAGCCUUUCAACCGUGAGAUAGUGGGGAUUCAGCAUAACUGUGUGCUAAUACUUUCAGUAUUCUGGAAAUAUCGCUGGCUACUCAGAGUAAGUUCACUGCUCAUGAAGACAGACGCCAAGGAUAAAAUGGGGUUGCCUCAGCAGUACCAGCCAGACCCAGGGCCUUCUGGUGAUAAAGCUGCUGCUUCUGAAGAACCCCGAGCCUGCAGGUCCUGGGCAUAUGGGGCUGAAAAGGACCAGUGGGGUGCCGGGAGGUGGCCCUUGGAACCUGGAUGUGAUGACCCUAAGAACAUUUAGGACCCCAUCCUGGGGUGAGGCUGUGGCUCCCAGGUCACGAGGUUAUUGGGAUGAAUGUGCAUGGUUGUUACCACUUAAAUGUGGGAAUGUCCAGAACCUGACUUUUCAUGCUGAUUAAAAAGUUAGAAAGGUGAGCUGCUGGGAAAUUUAAACCCAAAGCACUUCUUCAGCGUGAGUCUGGCAGCUUUCCUAGAAGUGGAAGAGAACGCUGCUAGAGCAUGACUGUGGUGGCUGCCCCGGGAGCUUUAUUCUGUUUAUUCAUCAGAAAGCACAGGCACCCAAGUGUGUGUACGUCCCAGUGUCAGCCCCCGCCUGAGAGGUAAACUCUGUCACCGGGCUGUCCUGUGAGCAGGUUUUGGUCACACUCUCGCUCUCAGUUUCCUCAUCUGUAAAAUAAGACAUUCCGCUCGUUGCGCAGCCUCGUGUUGCCUCAGGGAGUGUCCCAGAAUGCCACCGGGUCGGCACCUUUGUUGUACACAGAGGCUCGUGAUGGGGGUGAGACCUGUGCCCUCUGGAGGGAGGACGUGGUGUCCAGCCUGGACCGCUGCUGGGAGCAAGUCCUCGCUGCUGCCGUGACUCCCGUGGGUUGACUGGCAGCUGUCAAAUUGGCACAUGAAGUAGAGUGGCGAUUUUCCCUUGCCUUGGCUAAAUUGAGCAGGCUCUUCACAGGUACGAGGUUCUGGUGGCUCUGCUGGCAAAGGUUCUGGCUCAGCAGAGCUCUUUGAGUGUCCCUCUCAGGAGGUGGUUUCUGUAGAUGCAGCUUUGCUCCCUCUGCUGAGGCCUUUGUGUUGGCAGCCAGGCCUCCUGAGCCGCCCUGGCAUCCCCUGGCAUUCGUGGCCAUGGCAGUCUACGCUCGGCUGUACGCAGUCUCUUUUGUAAAACAUAGCAAAUAACAAUAGCGAGUAAUAGAGUUGCCCAAAUACGUGUUUCCAUGUACAGAUGGGGCCCUGCUCUCAAAGAAGACAUGAUGCUCGUUCUCGUGUGGCGUUCACAGCCAGCUCGACAAAAAUAUUGGGGCAGGAGGGCUAGGUGUUUCAAUCUUGAUUUCUUUUUUCAGAAUUUAAAUUUCUACUGUUCGAAGUUCCGAAUCCUAUACUGUAGGACUUGGGAUGCUGACUUGUGAAAUGGAAACAAUUACUAACUGUUAUUUUGUUCUGCUGUUAAUAUGUACUGAUUUCGUGUUUUGGGACAAUUUCUGAAAUGCAAAGUAAAAGUACUUGUGUGUCUCUGCUUCUAAAAUUGCUCACCUAGUCAAUUGUAGCAUGAAGCCUUUUGCAGUAUAUCAAUAAAAUUUCCAUGUUUUCACAGAAA